GCCACCGAGACCUGCAAGUGCAAUGGCUGGAAGAACCCCAAGCCGCCCACCGCGCCCCGCAUGGACCUGCAGCAGCCGGCUGCCAACCUGGGCGAGCUGUGCCGCAGCUGUGAGCACCCCCUGGCUGACCACGUGUCCCACCUGGAGAACGUAUCCGAGGACGAGAUCAACCGGCUGCUGGGCAUGGUGGUGGACGUGGAGAACCUGUUCAUGUCCGUGCACAAGGAGGAGGACACCGACACCAAGCAGGUGUAUUUCUACCUCUUCAAGCUCCUGAGGAAAUGCAUCUUGCAGAUGACCCGGCCCGUGGUGGAGGGGUCACUGGGCAGCCCCCCAUUUGAGAAGCCUAACAUUGAGCAGGGUGUGCUCAACUUCGUGCAGUACAAGUUCAGCCACCUGGCUCCCCGGGAGCGCCAGACCAUGUUUGAGCUCUCAAAGAUGUUCUUGCUCUGCCUCAACUACUGGAAGCUGGAGACGCCCGCCCAGUUCCGGCAGAGGUCUCAGUCAGAGGACGUGGCCGCCUACAAGGUCAACUACACCAGGUGGUUGUGUUACUGCCACGUACCCCAGAGCUGUGACAGCCUCCCUCGCUACGAAACCACCCACGUCUUCGGGCGCAGCCUGCUUCGGUCCAUCUUCACCGUCACACGCCGGCAGCUGCUGGAAAAGUUCCGAGUGGAGAAGGACAAGCUGGUGCCUGAGAAGAGGACCCUCAUCCUCACCCACUUCCCCAAGUUUCUGUCCAUGCUGGAGGAGGAGAUCUAUGGGGCAAACUCACCCAUCUGGGAGUCAGGCUUCACCAUGCCACCCUCGGAGGGGACACAGCUGGUGCCCAGGCCAGCCACGGUCAGCGCUGCAGUGGUUCCCAGCACCCCGAUCUUCAGCCCCACCAUGGGAGGGGGCAGCAACAGCUCCCUGAGUCUAGACGCCACGGGAGCUGAGCCCAUGCCGGGAGAGAAGAGGAAGCUGCCGGAGAACCUGACCCUGGAGGACGCCAAGCGGCUGCGCGUGAUGGGUGACAUCCCCAUGGAGCUGGUCAACGAAGUCAUGCUGACCAUCACUGACCCCGCCGCCAUGCUGGGCCCCGAGACCAGCCUGCUGUCGGCCAACGCAGCGCGCGAUGAGACGGCCCGCCUGGAGGAGCGGCGCGGCAUCAUCGAGUUCCACGUCAUCGGCAACUCACUGGCGCCCAAGGCCAACCGGCGGGUGCUGCUGUGGCUCGUGGGGCUGCAGAACGUCUUCUCGCACCAGCUGCCUCGCAUGCCCAAGGAGUACAUCGCCCGCCUCGUCUUCGACCCGAAGCACAAAACGCUGGCCCUGAUCAAGGACGGGCGCGUCAUCGGUGGGAUCUGCUUCCGCAUGUUCCCCACCCAGGGUUUCACCGAAAUUGUCUUCUGCGCUGUCACCUCCAAUGAGCAGGUCAAGGGCUACGGCACGCACCUGAUGAACCACCUGAAGGAGUACCACAUCAAGCACGGCAUUCUCUACUUCCUCACCUACGCCGACGAGUACGCCAUCGGCUACUUCAAGAAGCAGGGCUUCUCCAAGGACAUCAAGGUCCCCAAGAGCCGCUACCUGGGCUACAUCAAGGACUACGAGGGGGCCACGCUGAUGGAGUGCGAGCUGAAUCCCCGGAUCCCCUACACGGAGCUGUCGCACAUCAUCAAGAAGCAGAAGGAGAUCAUCAAGAAGCUGAUCGAGCGUAAACAGGCCCAGAUCCGUAAGGUCUACCCAGGGCUCAGCUGCUUCAAGGAGGGCGUGCGGCAGAUCCCUGUGGAGAGCGUCCCCGGCAUCCGCGAGACUGGCUGGAAGCCGCUGGGGAAGGAGAAGGGCAAGGAGCUCAAGGACCCCGACCAGCUGUACGCGACCCUCAAAAACCUGCUGGCCCAGAUCAAGUCGCACCCCAGCGCCUGGCCCUUCAUGGAGCCCGUGAAGAAAUCGGAGGCCCCGGACUACUACGAGGUCAUCCGCUUCCCCAUCGACCUGAAGACCAUGACGGAGCGGCUGCGCAGCCGCUACUACGUGACCCGAAAGCUCUUCGUGGCCGACCUGCAGCGGGUCAUCGCCAACUGCCGCGAGUACAACCCGCCGGACAGCGAGUACUGCCGCUGCGCCAGCGCGCUGGAGAAGUUCUUCUACUUCAAGCUCAAGGAGGGCGGGCUCAUCGACAAGUAGCCCAGACUCGGCGGGAGGACGCACUCUGCCUGGCCCUGGCGGCCCCGGCCCCUCAGCCACGGAACCUUGGGGUCCCGGUCUGGUGGCCUUGCCCCCGAGGGCCACGACUGUUCUUGUCACUUCAGCAAGUGACUUCAGGCUCCAACCCCGCGAGCCCGGCUGCAGGGGCUGUGGCUGGCCCUGCGCUGCCCUGUGGUCUGUCCCCCAGGCCGAGGGUGUGGGGACCACUCAGUAACCCUCCAAGGGAACAAUAAAGCUCUGUGUUUUUUCC